UUUUUCUUGGAACAAAAAGUUUUCUUUGCAUAUUUUGGUGUUAUUAGUAUUAGUUGCAUUUCAUUAAAAAAAUUUGUUUUUCCUUGCUUUUUAGGAGCUGGGUUGAUGGGUUGAUGCCAAUUAGGAGACAUAUGACAUUAUCUAUUUUAACGGCUUACCUGUUGUUACUUUUUGUGCCCUGUAGAAGAUUCAUUUUAACAUUGUGCUUUUGAAGUAGGAUUGAUAGUGACUAAAAGGCAUUUAUUUGAAGUGCUAUCUGUUAGACUUGAAAUUUAUUACUUUGCUGUCUUUAGCUCUUAAAAGAGUUAUUGAAGUCAUAGAAUCUGAACUCCUGUUAAGGGACUAAAUUUUACACACUUGGGUAUUAUACAUACCUUGCAAUGUGAUAUCAUGACCUGGGGGAAAUAAAUUGAGAAAAAGGGAACUAGCCUCUUUUAACUCUAGGAAACUUACAGGAUUUGCGUCAACAUCUGAAAAGCGUUCUGAAAUGUGAUAUUAAUUUGUAGAGCACUUCAUAAAGAAAGUUAGAAAGACAACAAACGGGUGGAUCCUUCCAUCGAGAAGAAAAAGGAUAUAUGUUUUUUAUUGAACAUUAAAAGGAUGCUGAUGGUAUAGUUUUACUAACAUUGAGUAGAAUGUUAUGCAAGUAAAGCCAGUUCUAUUUUCAUUCUCAUCCAUAUAUUCCUUCAAUGUGCAUGCUAUGGCAAUCCAGUUAACUUGUUUAUUUUUUAGCUUGGAACUUGAGUAAUAGUUUAUAUAUUAUCUAUUUAAAAGAGUCAAAUCUGGAUAUCAAAUAUGGAGAUAGUAAUAGGGAGAGCAUGUGUAGAUAUAUGGUCAUGUUGGGAGGAAAACACCUUGAAGAUAAUUUAGUCAAUUUUUUGCAUUUGAAACAAGACAAUGUGAAUAGAUGUUUGGACUGCAUGUGGUAGACCUAGCCUCUACUUUGAAAGAAUUUGGCCAUCAUUGCACAUAGAGUUAAACGGAAGUACCAGUAGAUAUUAGUUUGCCUAAAAGUGGAACAUGCAAGUUGCAUCACCUUUGAGGAGGAUCUGUUUGGGGUGUGAAAUUGGGAUCAUUGUGAUACUCUAGAUUCCAUGUUCAAACUAAUCAGUGUUUUAUGAUUAAAUAUCUUUGUGUCCACGAUCAUUUCAUCGUAGAAGUUUAUAUUACGAGUGUUAAUUAGCAUGGAUCUCAUGUGCCAUAUCUAGCCUUGAUCCCAUGUGGGUGGUCCUCUUGUGUACUGAAUGGUAUAAGUCAAGGUUUAUGUUGGAGAUAAAUGGCACGUGGAGCCUUUCUAUCUUUAUAUGCUUUUCGGCCUUCUAUGUUUUAUGUGCCUGAAACUCUUUUGUUACAUUGCUGGGAAUUGUAGUAGAAUCUUCAAUGCAAGUGUGAUAUUGCCCAUUGCUUUAGCUCUCUAACAUUGUUCAUUUUGGAAUCUUCAGGAUUUGGAUUCCCAUUCUACUUGAUAGAAUUUCAUGCAAAGUUUAGAGAAUCUUGUUGCUGAUUGAUAGUCUACACUUUAGCACCUUUCCUUUAAUUAUAUUCUUAGAUUGUUGUGAAGGUGCAUCUCUUUCACUAGUUUAAGGGCCUGUGCUUGGGGGCAAUGAUUGGCAUUUGUUACAAUCCAUUGAUCAACUUGAAGGGCAGGCACUUCAAAGGAAAAUGUUCGUGUGAAAUUACUGUUCUGAAAGCUAUUAACUUGGCCUCGUAAAUCUUCUUUGAGAUUGAAUAAACACGCUGCCCAGUUCUUUGGUCUUUGUAGAAGGACACCAGUUUUAGUUGUCAACUGUCUCAUAUAGGACAUUAAUAGAGUGCAAUUCACUGCUGUUGUGGCUUUGCGUCUCUUGAACUGUCUGAUUUCUGGCUGCAUGUUUGUAAAUUUUCUUAACUGCUGCACAUGUUUUAAGUCAGAGUCUUCUUCUCUUAAUCAAUGACCAUCUAUGCUAAAGCCUGACUUACUCCCUUUAGAGCUAUAUGGAAUACUGCUUUAUGAUAUUGACACCGGAAAGAUGGAAAAUCUAGACGAAGAAUGAUUACCUGAAAUUCCAAGUUUAAUAUAGCAGGGACAACCAUGGACACUUGGUAACUGGUACCGUUGGCACCCGAAGUUUGAUUGUCAUUCCUAUGAUUGGAAGACGUUGAUAUUUGUAUGGGACAUGAUAUUCAGGAGCUGCUUUUUAUGGGGGUGCCUUGGUCAAUUUGACAUGGAAGUUUUGAACUGUGAGACAAGGUUGCAGCAAAUCCAUGUCUUCUAAUUAGAUGGUGAGCCGAUGUAACUCCAAGUGCUGAUGGUACAAGAAGUUACCACUGUUUUCAAUCAUGGUAAAACAAGAAGUUAUGGACAAUAUCUUCUCAUAUGGGCGAACCAGCUCUAAGUCCAAGCCACUCUUCAUUUGGGACCCAAGAUGGGUUCACUUAUGCGAGCAGGUGCUCUACCAUCACAUUAGUCAUCUAUGGAGCUAUAAACAAUUCUCUACAUUUCAUUUCUCUCGGCUACCCUUUGGAACUCUAUCGUGUAAGAACUUUGUUCGCGGCAUGAUGCCGUGGCCAACAAGAUCUGAACUAGCAAAAUGAUUCCCUUAGGCUUUUGUUUUUUCAUUAUCUAUUUGCCGCAUUUUCCUCGCAAUUAUCAAGCUCUUGGGAUUUCCGCAAAGUGUAUUCCUGACCUAGUCCAUAUUACCUGGUAAAACCUUUAAGGAGAUUUUUUAAGAACCAAUCAUUAGCUCUUCAUAUGUUUUUAAAUUGUUCUAGUAUCCAUCACCAGCCGCAUUAUUGCUCCUAAUAUUCCAUUCUUAAUCCACAUAUGUCCAGGACGGCUUGGAGAAGGCCAGAAGCUCGUAUUAUAGUUAAGAAACAGCCACCUGGAAUGUAAUGAAUUCACAAUGACAAUGAUGUACAAACAAACGUCGAUGAGGUGAAAUUCUUUUACUAAUUGACAGUGAAAGGUGGGAGGAUCAUACUGGGAUAUUCUCGCAGAAUAUUUUCUUCUUUUCUCUUUUAGUAUUCAUGUUCUUCACUGGGGACAAAAUUGACACAUUAUCCCCAACGCUGACCUAGCAUGCCUCACUAUAAAAGUGGGAUUAAUAGGUAGACAAACUAUCAAUGAAACACAGAACAAGAAAAAUAUGAAUUAUGAAAACUACGAUCCCUCUCUCCCAGACCUACCAGUUGUUGACCAAUACCUUCCCAUAUGGGCCAGCCUACCAGCCUUUAGGUCCAAACCAGCCUUCAUUUGGCCUGAAGAUGGCUCGACCAAUGUAAGCAACGGCUCAACACUUACCUAUGCUCAACUCAAUGAUUCAGUGCAGUCCAUUUCUUUUCAGCUACUCCUUUCAUUACAAAGAGGUGACACCGUAAUCAUUUUAUGCUCACCUGGGCUAGAGCUUGUUGAGAUCAUUUUUGGGUGUCAAAGAGCUGGCCUUUUGAGCGUGCCCAUAUUCCCACCAGACCCUUCUUUUGGCCAAGAAAACUAUCACCACCUAGUCAGAGUUCUCUCCCAGACAAAGCCAAAAGCUGCCAUUGCUCACCAUGAUUAUAUCACAAGGGUUCAGCAAUAUCUCUCUUUGCCCUCUAAAGACAAGAGGCUUGCAGAGAUGUUACAAAACAUGAGGUGGACUUCUACUGGAGAUGUCAAACAUAAAAAUUUAGAUCCAAGAGUGGGUUGUAUGUUUUAUAAUGGUUGCAAACCUGAUGAAAUUUACUUGAUUCAAUACACCUCAGGUGCAACAGGGAUCCCAAAGCCAGUACUUCUGACAGCUGGAUCAGCAGCUCACAAUGUUAGGACAGCCAGGAAAGCUUAUGAUUUGCAUCCAAAUAGUGUUAUUGUCUCUUGGUUACCUCAGUACCAUGAUUGUGGCCUAAUGUUUCUGUUAUUGACCAUUGUCUCUGGUGCAACAUGCGUGUUAACAUCACCUGGAGCUUUUGUUAACCGGCCUAGGCUAUGGCUCGAGCUAAUUACAGAGUUCAAGGCCACUUGUACUCCAGUUCCAUCAUUCACCCUGCCACUAGUCGUGAAGCGUGGUGGAGUUGAAAAAGGAAGCUCACCUAUUAAUUUAUGGAGCUUGAGAAAUCUCAUUAUCAUCAAUGAGCCGAUUUACAAGGCAUCAGUUGAAGAAUUUCUACUUGUGUUUAAGCCUUUUGGACUAAACUCAUUGUCAAUCUCUCCAUCUUAUGGCUUAGCAGAGAACUGCACAUUUGUUUCCACAGCGUGGAGAAACAAUGACAACUCUGGAAACUCCAGUUUACCUAAUUUUCCUUCUCAUAACAGGCUCUUACCAAGUGCACUACUUGCUAAUGAAGAAGAAGAGGACAUGCAAAUUAUAGUCGUAAAUGAGGACACCCAUGAGCCUGUUGAGGAUGGAAUUGAGGGUGAGAUUUGGGUUUCAUCUCCAAGCAAUGCCUCUGGCUACCUAGGCCAUCCUUCCUUAACUCAAGAUAUAUUUAAAGGUAGAUUGAGCAACAAGGUUAGCCGGUGUUAUGUCCGAACAGGAGAUAGAGGAAUUGUGAAAGGGGAAGAAAGAUUUCUCUUCGUGACAGGUCGUUGCCUUGACGUCAUUAAGCUUACAAACGGUCAAGAUAUGCACCCUCAUUACAUAGAGACCGCAGCUUAUAAUAGUUGCCUACAGUUUAUUAGAGGAGGUUGUCUCGCUGCAUUCGAUAUUUCAAGAAUGAUCGUUCUUGUUGCAGAGAUGCAGAGGAGUGAAAAAGAUAAUAAGAUUUUGAGGAACAUAUGUCAAAGAAUCAGAGAAGCUGUUUUGAAUCAAGAAGAAGUCGAAAUAGGGAUGGUAGUUCUUGUAAAGAGUGGAAGUGUUCCGAAAACCACUUCAGGUAAAAUUCAAAGAUGGGCAGCUAAGGACAAUUUUCUAAGAGGUAAAAUGAAUAUUUUAAUGGACAUGAAGUUUGAUAACAAUGGGGGAUUAUUACCAUGCCCCAGUGUAAUGAUACUUGCACGUAAUGGAAGAGGUAGAGAAGAUGAAGAGGGAAGAGCCGUGACAGCUGAAGAGAAAGAUGAGGUUCUUUUUUCACACUCAAGUGCUUCAAUUGGUCGCCCAUGGCUGUCUCGAUUGUGAGAUCUACGACAAGGAUGUUAUGCUUUGCUUGUGCUCCAAAAUAGUGUAAAAAAGAAAUGUGCUUUAGGCCCUUUUGCAUCCUUUUCGUUGAGAUCGUCGACAAGGGAGAGAAUUAAGGCGUGAAUAAUAGUAUCUAUGGUCUGUGUAAUAAAAAUAUACAUAUAUUUAUCAUUGCUAAUUGUAGUCGAUAUUCCAGCAUCUAAGUUAUGAUAGAAAUGGAUGAAUCUGACGUCUGAAAACAGCUUCUGUAAAUCAUCAUUAAAAGGAACAACUCCUUUGUACGAUUCUCAAAUUUGCAUUCCAAAUCUCAACUAGAUGUAGUUCAACUUCUAAUAUAGAAUAAAUAAAUUAUUAUAGGCAAGUGAUUAAGUGGCAACUCUUGGCCUGUAAGCAGGAGCAUAUAUAACAUGAAGCAAAGUUUUAGAUUAAAACAUACCCUGAAGAUCAGUCAUCAAGAAACUGGCAAUUAGCUGU